CCACAUCAACACACAGCGCCAGUCGCUUAUUGCGCUUAUUCGAAGCACGCAGCAAAGUGUUUAACGGUGCUCUACGACAAACAAUCCAACUGAUAUGGCAUACGAGUACAUCGCAAUAGAUGAUCCCGUCUUCAGGGCAACCUGCGAAGAACGGAACCAGAAGGAUUAUGUGCUGGUCAAACCGAAGGAUUUCAGCAAAGUGCCCAUAACGCUUCCGAAUUGGGCGCCAGAACCGUGCUGUUUGGACACAAGAUAUCAGAAGCUGGACCAGCGCAUUAAAGGUAUGGAAAUCAAACCGGACGAUGUGUGGCUGGUAACGUACCCGAAGAGUGGAACCACUUGGUGCCAGGAAAUGAUAUGGCUCAUCUGCAAUGAUCUGGACUACGAAAAAGCUGCCACGGUUAAGCUACAUGCUCGAUUCCCGUUUCUAGAAAUCGGAGGCAUUCGUGACCUGCCCCCAGGAAUGGACCCCUUCCAGGAGGCUAUUUCGAUGGCUUCCCCAAGGUUGAUCAAAUCCCACCUACCGGUUGCCUUUCUACCCGAUCAGAUGUGGACCGUCAAACCGAAAAUGGUCUACGUCCACAGAAACCCCAAAUCGGUCGCCGUGUCUUACUACCAUCAUUCGGUUUCACUUCACGAGUACAGAGGAACGAUGGAUCAGUUCAUACGCUCGUUCAUGAAGGAACUCGAAUAUUAUUCGCCGUACCAUCGCCACGUGAUUGAGUAUCACCAUUUGGACUACCAGGACAAUAUCCUACACCUGCGCUAUGAAGACAUGAAAAAAGAUCUUAAAUCGUCCCUCCAACGUGUGAGUGCCUUCUUCAACAAAUCCUACACUGAUGAGCAACUGAACGCUUUGGCGCAGCAUCUUUCGUUCGACACGAUGAAAAACAACAGUUCCGUCAAUUUUCGCGAGUGGGUCGAGUUUCUGUUGGAGAAAACUAACCGCACUGACAAGCUGAGUGAUCAGGACUAUCUGUUCAUAAGGCGUGGGGAAGUGGAUGGAUGGCGCCGAGAGCUGGAUCCCGAGUUGAUGAAAGAGCUGGACGAGUGGACCAAACGCAAAGUUGAGGAUCCGAAACACAUGAAACUGUUCGAGUAGGUUAUAAAACAAAAAAUAUGUGCUAAUCACAAUCGAUUUGGAUAAAAUCUUGCAAUAAGACAAAGAACUCUUAGAAAUUAGGACAAAUAAUGCGUAUUUGGAUAAUAAGCUUUGUAAGACUACUAAAAGCAAGAAUGUCUUUUAAAUAAACAAAAUCAUGUUUAUCAUUUCAAACGUUA